GACCUAACUACUCAUUCUGGUUUAACUAUAUUUCUGUGGCCAAGACAAUAAACAUAACCUAAAUUAUACAACUAUUGAAACCAUUAAAACUUAGCGAAUUGAAGAUAAUUUUUGCUAAGUUAAUAUUUAGACCAUAGGGUAUAAAUAUUUUCUAAUUAUGGUGCGUUUUAAGAAUAGGUUAGUAAAUUUUUGAUAGCAUACAUUACAGUGGAGAUCUCAAGUCCCAUGGUGCCAGAGAUCAAGCCUUUGAGUUUAAAAUCUAGGAUAUUCCAUGACACAGUGCUGAACAAAAUUCAACAAUUACACGGAGAUUUUGGUGUUGCUGCUAUAAGAAUAGGAUUCCUGACAAAAUAUUGCAAUGAGAAUACAAGAAUAGCCAUAUUACGAUCCAGACAUGGUCCUCAUGUUUUUGUCACCAGUAGCUUACCUUUCAUAAACAAAAUGGGAAACCUGGACGUGACUUUGAGGACACUACAUGUAGGAGCCACAUUGAAACAUUGUUUCAAGUUUAUUCAAAGGCACCAGAGAACAUACUUGGAUUCAAAGUGGAUGUCUUUAAAGUCUGAUGAGGAAAGGAAACAAUUGGAAGCAGCUGUGAUGGAUUUUACAAAAACGGAUGUAGCAGUGAAUAUAGACAAUUUAACAUAAAAAA